AUGGCAAUCGAGUUAGUCCUAUUCAUCGUCUUCCUUGUUUUGGCAUUCUUAAUCUCGAGACACUUCCGUGUGAACCACCGCCUUCCUCCGAGCCCAUUAGCCUUGCCCAUCAUCGGGCAUUUCCACCUCCUCAACCCCCUCAUCCACCGUUCAUUCCACGACCUCUACCUACGCUUAGGUCCUAUUUUCUCUCUCCGCCUCGGCUCGGUCCCAUGCGUUGUGGUUACGUCACCGGAGUUGGCAAAAGAGUUCCUCAAAACACACGAGCUCUCCUUCAUGAACCGAACUGCUAAUAUCGCAGCUGCAAGCAUGACCUACAAUGCUUCGUUUGCAUUUGCAUCCCACGGCCCGUAUUGGAAGUUCGUUAGGAAGCUCAGCACCAACGAGCUCCUCAGCAGCCUAAGUGUGGACAAGUUUCUUUCAAUUCGAAACCAAGAGUACGUGAGGGUUUUUAGAAUGUUGGCCAAGAAAGCAGAGGUGUGUGAACCUGUCAACUUCAGUGAAGAGCUACCAAAGGUCGGCCACAACAUUAUGGGGAAGAUGAUGCUGGGGAAAUAUUCAAGUGCUUCGCGAGCAGCGAGGUUCAGGGUGGUGGUCCGAGAGGCUACUAAGAUAUUUGGAGAGUUCAACUUUAGUGAUUUUAAUGGGAUUUGGAAGAAGUUCGAUUUGCAGGGAUUCCAAAAGAGAAUCGAUGCCACACAUAAAAAGUUUGAUAAUUUGGUGGAGGAGAUUAUUGCUGAACGUCAAGAGUUGAGGAAGAUGAAACUUCAUGGAGACAACAGUGCUAGUGCUGAAGAAAAGGAUGUCAAGGGCUUUCUUGACGUAAUUCUUGACAUGGAAGAGGAGUGUAAGAGCUCUAAUGAGAAUUCGGAGGUCGAGUUUACAAGAAAUCAUGUUAAGGGUCUCAUUACGGAUCUGUUUACGGCUAGCAUUGACACGACGUCCAUUACAAUGGAAUGGGCGCUAGCAGAGGUCAUCAAUCACCCAGAGGUGCUCAAGAGAGCAAGAGAAGAGAUAGAUCGAGCAGUUGAAACAGGAAGAUUAGUCGGAGAAUGGGAUCUUCCAAAUCUUCCUUACAUCCAAGCCAUCCUAAAAGAAACAUUAAGGCUGCACCCACCCUUGCCUUUAGUUCCUAGAAUAUGCACAGAAGAAUGCAAGCUCGACAACUAUAUCUUUCCAGAAAAGACAUUGUUAUUUGUGAACAUUUGGGCUAUGGGAAGGGAUCCUAAGAACUGGGAGAACCCAUUGGAGUUUAAACCUGAAAGGUUUUUACAACUCGACGGGAGCCUCACAAACGAAGUAGAUAUUAAAGGUCAACAUUUCCAAUUACUUCCAUUUGGCACUGGAAGGAGGAUGUGUCCUGGCUUGCCGUUAACCAUGAAAAUGCUACCGACCCAGCUUGCAGUUAUGAUUCAGUGUUUUGAUUUCAAAGUUACUGGAACACAAUGCAAUAAUACAAGUAAUGAUAAGGUUCUUGAAAUGGAAGAAGGACCAGGAUUAACAGUUCCCAGGGCUUCUGAUCUUGUCUGUGUUCCAGUUGCCCGCUUCAGCUCACUAAUGGAAUAUCCUUGAUCCCUAGG